UUCUCGUUUGCUGUUGAAUCCAGCCGUAAGGGCAGAGGCGGCUGGACCCUGGGCGCGUCUGAGUUUUCGAUAGGAGCAGCUCGUAGGCGGCUCCCUUCGCAGCUGCCAUGACAUCUGCCUCCCGGGCAGUAUUUUCAUUUUUUCUGGUUGCCGGUUUGGCAAACGUCAUGCACGUAAAGAGUGGAAAGAGGGAGGCUCAUUCCGUCCUCUCUUGUCCAAGAUCUCACUUGCUGCUUCGGCAGUAUUGCUUUUUCGCGGAUUUCUCUUGUGAUUCAGAAACGGCUGGAUAAUAGUGAAAGUCAAGAAAGAAUAAGCAGCCAAGGGUGUUGUUAAGCCAUAAGACCAAAAGUUCAUUUCAGAUGUCAGAAAGCCGGGGCCCUCUAGAUUUGCGGGCAACAACUUCCAUUAUCUUUAACUGUGGACAACGCAUCUGGAGGGUGUCAGCUUGGCGCAGUCUGGUUUAGAUGGAGAAGUAACCCUGUGGUAGGCGUGGCAAGCCCGAAUUUAUUUAUUUUGCUAGCUCCGAACAGCCAAGGCUUUCUGGACACUCAACAAACAUCACAGAUGGCUCUAAUGUAGCAAAAGAAAGCUGAAGAGCAAAAUGAGUUACUCUCUCCCCAGCACAAUAAAUGGCUCUGUGUCUAUAUCCUGCUGUAACUGAGGGAUUGUUGAGAUAUAGUAAUUUGCAAUUUUCAAAGUGGGUGUUGUAUUGCAUAAAAACAAUUGCAGAGAUCAAUUGCGAAAAAGCAUCAAAGAAUCAUGUAGUCCACUUUAGCAGCUGCAUGCAGUAUUAUGGAGAAUUUCAAGUUUACAUAUUAUACUAUAGGGAAGGGGGAAGACAUUUUCUCUUAAAAUUUCUUAAAACUGUAGGCUUAUUCACAGUGUUGAUCAUCUAUUGUUGCAAUCCUAAUGAAUCUAGCAUUCUGAAUUGGAAAGUAUUUUAUGUUAUUUUUUUACAUUUCUAUACCCCUCGUAGCCGAAGCACUCUGGGUGGUUUGCAGCGAUAAUCAUUUAAGUCACCCAUCCACAUUCUAACCAGGACCAGAUUAGGCAGGAUUUGGCACUUCCGGGUAUGAAGAACCUAUAUGAAAACUAUUUGCCUUUUUUUUCUUUUGCUAAACUAAGACAUCAAAAGUGUAGAUAAUUUUACCACUUCAGAGUUUCACUGUGAGUUCAUCUCAGCUGAUUUCACUUAAUUAGUUUUCUCUAUAAAUGGGCAAAUAAUAUUGUAAAAUGCUAUAUUUUGCUAGAAAGACAGUGUUACAUCUGACUGACUUGCCUGGCCCUGUGUAUUUUGAUCUGGAGAUCAACUGCUGUAGCUUAAAUAUUAACAUUCAGAAAAUCGGUUGAAACUUGUGAUACUGUGUUACAUUGUUUUUAUUAAUGAAUCUCUGUUUAGAUUAUAUCAUAUAUUGGGAUAACUUUUCCCCUCCUCAACCUUCUGUGUCUAUAACUUGUUUGGCUUUUUCACAUGCAGCAAACCCUGGGAGGUGGUGCGGGGGAGAGUGUUUUUUGCAAAUUUUCAUUUGUCAUUUAUACAAUUGUCUUUUCCUAGGCAAAAGCAGUGUUGAUGAUUCUUCACUUCGGCCACUGUACAUGGAUGUCCAAGCAACUACUCCUUUGGAUCCCAGGGUUUUGGACAGCAUGCUGCCUUACCUUGUUCAUUACUAUGGUAAUCCACACUCUAGAACUCAUGCUUAUGGUUGGGAGAGUGAAUCUGCUAUGGAAAAAGCCAGACAGCAAGUUGCAUCAUUAAUUGGAGCAGAUCCUAGAGAAAUUAUUUUUACAAGUGGAGCAACAGAAUCAAACAAUAUAGCAAUUAAGGGUGUUGCAAGAUUCUAUAAAUCCAGGAAAAAACAUAUAAUUACAACACAAACUGAACACAAAUGUGUACUGGACUCUUGUCGUGCCUUGGAAGCAGAGGGUUUUCGAGUAACGUAUUUGCCUGUAAAGAAAAAUGGGAUUAUAGAUUUAAAGGACCUAAAAAAUGCAAUACAACCAGAUACAAGCUUGAUUUCAGUAAUGACUGUGAAUAAUGAAAUAGGUGUGAUACAGCCAGUCAGCGACAUUGGUGAGAUCUGCAGUUCCCAUAAAAUUUUCUUUCAUACAGAUGCUGCACAGGCAGUUGGGAAAAUUCCUCUGGAUGUCAAUAGCAUGAAAAUUGAUUUAAUGAGCAUCAGUGGCCAUAAAAUUUAUGGCCCUAAAGGGGUUGGUGCAAUUUAUGUUCGGCGGCGACCAAGAGUUAGAGUGGAACCUAUACAGAGUGGAGGAGGCCAGGAGCGAGGACUGCGUUCUGGGACUGUGCCAACUCCAUUAGCUGUUGGUCUUGGGGCAGCUUGUGAAUUGGCUCAACAAGAAAUGGAGUAUGAUCAUAAGCGAGUUAGCAUACUGGCUGACAGACUGGUUACAAGAAUAAUGUCAGAAAUUCCUGAUGUGGUAUUGAAUGGAGACCCAAUGCAUCGAUAUCCAGGCUGUGUCAACUUAUCCUUUGCAUAUGUUGAAGGAGAGAGCCUGCUGAUGGCCCUUAAAGACGUGGCACUGUCUUCUGGAAGUGCUUGCACAUCUGCAUCUUUGGAACCAUCAUAUGUGUUGCGUGCAAUUGGAGCAGAUGAAGAUUUGGCACACUCAUCCAUAAGAUUUGGCAUCGGUCGUUUCACUACAGAAGAAGAAGUAGAUUAUACCGUAAAUAAAUGCAUACAGCACGUCAAAAGAUUAAGGGAGAUGAGUCCACUGUGGGAAAUGGUACAAGAUGGAAUAGAUUUGAAGAGCAUUAAAUGGACACAGCAUUAAGCAAAGGAGUUACUUGUAAUUUUGGACUGCAUGAAUAUAGAUUCAAAGAAAUUUUCUGUGCGUUCCUGAAGAAAAUGAAAUGGCACUUGUUUUAAAAGAUACCUUCUCUCUGUGACCAAGGUGUUCUCCUUUCUAAAUACAGAGCCUGAUCAUUAAAACCUAAGGCUAAGUUUUGUCAGGUAUAUAUCACAUUUACACAUUAGCAAAUAUACAUGAACAUCAGUUUCCUGGAGCCAAAGAUGCUUUUACUUUGGGUGUGAUGCUGGUGCAGCUUAGAAUGAGGAGUCUUCAGCACCUGUACUAUUGUGAAAUAAAUGUUUUGUUCUACUGUGAUUCUCACUAGGCUGCUUCACAUCCUUUCCACCAACAUUUAUCCCACAUCAGAAACUUGUGUUUGGACAUGUAUGCUCAGAAGUUUUCUCACAGAAGACAGGCUUCCAUCUAAAAUUUCCAUGCCUUUCUUUUGAACAAUGGUAUUUGCUGUGUAGUAAUUAAUACAGCUAUGUUAAGGCCAGAUAAUUUUCCAUUGCUCUCUUGUCCUUUAUAAAAUUCAGCUUGUUUUAAGAAUUUUACUUCUUCCUUUUUCUCAUUAUUUUUCCUGCUGUGUUUUGUUAAUGGUAGUAGUUUCUCCUGUUUUUUAGAAUUCAGAAGAUGAUGCAAUGUGCUAUCACCAUGGGCUCUUUGCCAUUGCCUUAGUUUCAAGGGGAAGUGGAAGAGCUACAGGGCAAUACAUGUGGGUUCCUGGAAGACAAGAGGCCGUUGGCAUAUAAAUGAAUCAUGUCUUUAUAAAGAUGUUCCAAACUUGCUUUUGUUUGAUUAUAAUCAUUCAAAAAUUAAGAAUUAGCCAUUUCCUUUCACUUUUAACUGUCUGCCUGUGGUGCAUCAAGUUAAAUUGAUGACCCUGGCAUCCUUGGUACUUGAAAUAUGUGCUCUCAUCUGUAUAGUAUAUUUUAGGAUUUGUACUACUUUAUCUUGAAAUAUUCAAACUCUGUUUAAAGGAAAGAAUUCUGUUUAUUUCCUUACAUUAUAAAUGGAUGCAGGUAGGCAAUAAAUAUUUUUGGUAGAUUGCUUUUUUUCAUUCCCUAGCUUUGUAUACAUACUGUUUUUCAGAAAAUGGCUUUCUGACUGGGGAUAGCAUACUAUCAACAAAGUACUAUUUCUGUCUGCCAGAUGUGUCCGUAUGCUUUCCUUGAUAUUCGUAGAAAUGCCCUUGAAAUUGUUAUCUGCUUUCUUAAGAUAGGCCUUAUAGCAGAAAUCUUUUCAGGUAGCAAUAUGCUUCACAGAUGAGAUCUCAAUUUGCUGUAAGUUUUCCAAGAAGUUCUUUGAAUGUAAUUUGAAAUAUUAGCAUUGGUACGGCAGCAAUGAAAAUUUGUAUUUCUUUGUCACAAAAGUAGCUGUUACAAUUGGAAAGAUAAUUUCCAAAUUUUUGCAACACAUUUUUUAUUGAAUUAAUUUGAAAAACAGCUUUAGAAUAUAUUUGCUACUUCUGUCUUCACUUGACAGUUUAUUUGAAACAUUCAUUUUCAUUACUUUAGUGUAGUUUUAUUAGGAAUAGGUACAGAGCAAGAGAAAGAAAACAUACUGUAAGGGGAUGAAAAGAGAAAAGGAUCAGCAGACAAUAAGUUUAAAACAUGACAUUUAAAAUUAUUACAAAAAUGCUGUUUAUAGUUAAUGUAGCAUUGUGGGCUUCUAAAUAAAAAUGUAAAAUAAUCUUCA